UAAAAAUACUAUUGAGGUUGUCUGUAAGACAGUCAAGCUGCGUUGUGACAGCGAAUGCCUGACAGACGUCACACGUUGUGGACCUCAAGUAUUAUUCCAUUGAUUUGUUGAACAUUCCACGUUGACAAACAAUCUGGCAACUCUCGUAACAUAUACCCUAGAUCCCUGCCCAAAUUUUAGCAAAGAGCCACGGCGGACAUAGUGUUUUUUUCUGUAUAGAGCCUUCUGUUAUGGCGGCUGGGAUAUAUGGAAGCAGGGACUGAGCAAAGGACUCGGUGGGUGGGUGGAGAAGAGAAUGUCCAGGUGACCACCUGUUAGCGGCGGUUGUUGUCGUGGACAUCUGUGAUAGUAGCGAGAACACAAGCACACUGAAGAGGUGGAGAGCGGAAGCCUCACACUCCUCUGCCUCUGAGGCAGGACAGGAUGGGGUAUGUGAAUGUGAGGAGUCACAGUAGAUCUGCAGAGAGUCCAGCUGAGUAGGGGAGUAUUUGUCUUCCAGCCUUGGCUUUUCUUGAGUACUGGCCCCUGGGAACCAGUGGAGUAAUCCUGAAUAUAGUUACUAUAUUUCACGCUACAGAAUUUUCUGAGUAGAUAGCCACUUUUUCAAGAGAUACCUUUUUCACAUUUUGUUGUUGCCAGUCAUAGGCUUCAGUGUGGGUUUCUUUUUCUCCGAAGUGGCACUCAAACGUUGACUGAUUCCUAAUUUAUUUGGCUGUGGCCUGACAAAAAGCUGUCCCAUCAGUCUUCAAUGAUCAAAAACAGUCUCCUCUUUUUUGAGAGAUGAAGAAACAUCUCUAGGGAAUGCAGAAGGAUCGUUGAUGAAGGUGUUACAAGCGUGGAAGAAGAACAACAGCCCCGAGCUGACUAUUGAGUCAGAGAGGGCAUCCUCAGAUAAAAGUGCUGUCAGCUUGUCAGGCUUCAUGAAUGAGCAGCUGGACUUUAAUAAUGACAGUGAUAUUAUCAGGGCACGAAAUUACAUACUGCCUUAUAUCUCAGAGGGAAAUCUAGGAGAUGUGGAAUCAACAUUAUUACCAUUCCUUCAGCUUCUUUUUUCAAGUACACAAGCUGGAGCUAUGCCGCUGGGCCUUUUGAAAAACAAUACAAGCAGCCCUUCUGUUAAACGUGUACGCAACAAUUCAACUAAUAAAAAUAGAUUGAGGAAACUCCAUUUUCUGGAAAAUUUGUUAGAUGCAGAAACUCAAGAAAAAAUGGAUGAGGUGAAAAAGGAAGAAAAACCUGCCACGCGUACGCGUUCCAACCUUUUAAGUGCCAUGUAUAAACGCUACAUCUUUCAAAAGAAGUUGGAAACUGCCCAACCACAGAAAGACAGCCUAGCAAAGACUAAGAGUACAGAGGAAAAGCUGCUGAGAGUGAACAGGGUCCUCAAGGGCCCGAGGGGCCUACAGAAAAUGCACCUCAAAGCAGUGGGAGAUGAGAGCGUCUGGGGGAAACAGAAUGCCCAGCCAUCUGUGGCGAGCACUGCCGAAGAAAGAAGGCUCAGGAGGCCAUCCCCAAGAAAGCUGAAUCAGCUCCUCAUGGUGCAGAGGCCCAGGAAGCUGGUGGGAAAGUCCUCCAAUGCAGAGUCUUCAUUCAUAAAGGAAGACAAGGCAGCAGGUUCCUCUACCCUGAAACAGUACUUCAAGGGCAGGCCUCCUGCCUCCAUCCCUCCAAAAUCCCCACCUGAGGUUAAAAGCAAAUCAAAAGACUUAUCCAACACUCUACUUGUUUUAGAAGAUGCAAAGGCUAGAGUUAGAAAUAUUAAGGAUUUUGAACUAAUCUCACAUUCUGGGAAAAAAUACAUCUUCCAUAAAAUUAGGACUCAUCGGGUCCACAGAAAACCCAAAGUCAAAAGGAGUCGAAAGUUCAGAAAGAAAAGUUCACCCAAUAGAAUGAUGCUUGCAAGCCCUCCGUUCUCUGUAGGGAGGAGUCUCAUAAAUUCCCCUCCGCGAGAGGCUGUUUCAUCUUCAGGAGAAGUGACUGCUCAGGAAAUUCCUUUUCCAGAAUUAUUUUCUCUUUCAGACCCUUCGAUAGAAAACGCUACUUCAGAAAACAAUACUGCACAAAAUGUUUCUGAAGAAAUUAUUUCUACAGGAAACUCUAGUCUGCCAGGAGGAACCAGCCCUGGAAACACUACCCAUAGGAACGUCUCCACUGCACAUUCUACUGUUGCUGCAGACAACAGUAUGCCAACUGUUCAACACACCAACGAAACACAAUGGGAGUAGCACAACACGGGCGCUGAAUUAUCCUCUAAGCCCACAGGCUUCACUUUCCUAGCGUUCACAUCCCCGGGUGAUCAAGUUGAAACUCAGCUAAAGCAGCAGCUGCGGUCCCUCAUCCCCAACAAGGACAUGCGAAGGCUCAUUUCUCAUGUUAUCCAGACUCUGAAAAUAGACUGCUCGGAGACCCACGUGCAGCUGGCCUGUGCCAACCUCAUCUCUAGAACAGGCCUCCUGAUGAAGCUUCUCAGCAAGCAGCAAGAAGUAAAGGUGUCCAAAGCGGAAUGGGAUACGGACCAGUGGAGAAGUGACAGCUCUGUCAGUGAGAGCACAGAAGCCCAGAGUGAGCAGAAAGAGCAGGAGUCAAGUGAGCUCACAAAAGAAGUUCCAGGAUGUGGCUGUAACAACAAACUCAUCUUGGCAAUAUCUGUAACUGUAGCAGUGACGAUUUUGGUUACAAUUCUCUGUCUCAUUGAGGAUCUUACCUAGCCGUAUGGCCUGCUGCCUCUGCCAAUUUAAAAAUACUAUUGAGGUUGUCUGUAAGACAGUCAAGCUGCGUUGUGACAGCGAAUGCCUGACAGACGUCACACGUUGUGGACCUCAAGUAUUAUUCCAUUGAUUUGUUGAACAUUCCACGUUGACAAACAAUCUGGCAACUCUCGUAACAUAUACCCUAGAUCCCUGCCCAAAUUUUAGCAAAGAGCCACGGCGGACAUAGUGUUUUUUUCUGUAUAGAGCCUUCUGUUAUGGCGGCUGGGAUAUAUGGAAGCAGGGACUGAGCAAAGGACUCGGUGGGUGGGUGGAGAAGAGAAUGUCCAGGUGACCACCUGUUAGCGGCGGUUGUUGUCGUGGACAUCUGUGAUAGUAGCGAGAACACAAGCACACUGAAGAGGUGGAGAGCGGAAGCCUCACACUCCUCUGCCUCUGAGGCAGGACAGGAUGGGGUAUGUGAAUGUGAGGAGUCACAGUAGAUCUGCAGAGAGUCCAGCUGAGUAGGGGAGUAUUUGUCUUCCAGCCUUGGCUUUUCUUGAGUACUGGCCCCUGGGAACCAGUGGAGUAAUCCUGAAUAUAGUUACUAUAUUUCACGCUACAGAAUUUUCUGAGUAGAUAGCCACUUUUUCAAGAGAUACCUUUUUCACAUUUUGUUGUUGCCAGUCAUAGGCUUCAGUGUGGGUUUCUUUUUCUCCGAAGUGGCACUCAAACGUUGACUGAUUCCUAAUUUAUUUGGCUGUGGCCUGACAAAAAGCUGUCCCAUCAGUCUUCAAUGAUCAAAAACAGUCUCCUCUUUUUUGAGAGAUGAAGAAACAUCUCUAGGGAAUGCAGAAGGAUCGUUGAUGAAGGUGUUACAAGCGUGGAAGAAGAACAACAGCCCCGAGCUGACUAUUGAGUCAGAGAGGGCAUCCUCAGAUAAAAGUGCUGUCAGCUUGUCAGGCUUCAUGAAUGAGCAGCUGGACUUUAAUAAUGACAGUGAUAUUAUCAGGGCACGAAAUUACAUACUGCCUUAUAUCUCAGAGGGAAAUCUAGGAGAUGUGGAAUCAACAUUAUUACCAUUCCUUCAGCUUCUUUUUUCAAGUACACAAGCUGGAGCUAUGCCGCUGGGCCUUUUGAAAAACAAUACAAGCAGCCCUUCUGUUAAACGUGUACGCAACAAUUCAACUAAUAAAAAUAGAUUGAGGAAACUCCAUUUUCUGGAAAAUUUGUUAGAUGCAGAAACUCAAGAAAAAAUGGAUGAGGUGAAAAAGGAAGAAAAACCUGCCACGCGUACGCGUUCCAACCUUUUAAGUGCCAUGUAUAAACGCUACAUCUUUCAAAAGAAGUUGGAAACUGCCCAACCACAGAAAGACAGCCUAGCGAAGACUAAGAGUACAGAGGAAAAGCUGCUGAGAGUGAACAGGGUCCUCAAGGGCCCGAGGGGCCUACAGAAAAUGCACCUCAAAGCAGUGGGAGAUGAGAGCGUCUGGGGGAAACAGAAUGCCCAGCCAUCUGUGGCGAGCACUGCCGAAGAAAGAAGGCUCAGGAGGCCAUCCCCAAGAAAGCUGAAUCAGCUACUCAUGGUGCAGAGGCCCAGGAAGCUGGUGGGAAAGUCCUCCAAUGCAGAGUCUUCAUUCAUAAAGGAAGACAAGGCAGCAGGUUCCUCUACCCUGAAACAGUACUUCAAGGGCAGGCCUCCUGCCUCCAUCCCUCCAAAAUCCCCACCUGAGGUUAAAAGCAAAUCAAAAGACUUAUCCAACACUCUACUUGUUUUAGAAGAUGCAAAGGCUAGAGUUAGAAAUAUUAAGGAUUUUGAACUAAUCUCACAUUCUGGGAAAAAAUACAUCUUCCAUAAAAUUAGGACUCAUCGGGUCCACAGAAAACCCAAAGUCAAAAGGAGUCGAAAGUUCAGAAAGAAAAGUUCACCCAAUAGAAUGAUGCUUGCAAGCCCUCCGUUCUCUGUAGGGAGGAGUCUCAUAAAUUCCCCUCCGCGAGAGGCUGUUUCAUCUUCAGGAGAAGUGACUGCUCAGGAAAUUCCUUUUCCAGAAUUAUUUUCUCUUUCAGACCCUUCGAUAGAAAACGCUACUUCAGAAAACAAUACUGCACAAAAUGUUUCUGAAGAAAUUAUUUCUACAGGAAACUCUAGUCUGCCAGGAGGAACCAGCCCUGGAAACACUACCCAUAGGAACGUCUCCACUGCACAUUCUACUGUUGCUGCAGACAACAGUAUGCCAACUGUUCAACACACCAACGAAACACAAUGGGAGUAGCACAACACGGGCGCUGAAUUAUCCUCUAAGCCCACAGGCUUCACUUUCCUAGCGUUCACAUCCCCGGGUGAUCAAGUUGAAACUCAGCUAAAGCAGCAGCUGCGGUCCCUCAUCCCCAACAAGGACAUGCGAAGGCUCAUUUCUCAUGUUAUCCAGACUCUGAAAAUAGACUGCUCGGAGACCCACGUGCAGCUGGCCUGUGCCAACCUCAUCUCUAGAACAGGCCUCCUGAUGAAGCUUCUCAGCAAGCAGCAAGAAGUAAAGGUGUCCAAAGCGGAAUGGGAUACGGACCAGUGGAGAAGUGACAGCUCUGUCAGUGAGAGCACAGAAGCCCAGAGUGAGCAGAAAGAGCAGGAGUCAAGUGAGCUCACAAAAGAAGUUCCAGGAUGUGGCUGUAACAACAAACUCAUCUUGGCAAUAUCUGUAACUGUAGCAGUGACGAUUUUGGUUACAAUUCUCUGUCUCAUUGAGAACAGAUUUAUUCUCAUAGAAUUGCAAAAGGGGAAGAUAAAAAAAGCAGCAGAAGAUAAAUAUUGGUCUUUUAAAGCAGAAUUUUACAACUAGAGGAGAACUUAGAACUCAUCUAUUUCAAUUUCCUCACCAAAGGCAGGAAGAAUGUUUAAUUACCCUAAUGGUUUACCCUAAUUUAUUUAUCAGCAGAAUUAGCUCCCCAGCCCAAGCUGAGUUAGAACAGGACUGGCACAGAUUCAUCUGCUUUCACUAGUCCUUUAAGGAAAGAGGGUGGACGGGGAGAGGUUUUGGUUGUACCUGUUCCUGCUGGCCUGGUGCCUGGUUCCUAGGCAUCAGGCCAGGCCAGAGGCCUUCUAGGAGGCUCUGCGGUAGGGAGGGCCACAUGGUUGGGGAUUUAGGGGCUGGCCUCACUCAAAGCUGACGAAAGGUAGAACCUAUGAGUCCCUUCUGUAAAGUGGCAAGAAAACUUCCCUUCUCACCCUACUGUUUUUCAGGCCCCCACUCUCUAUUCCCUUUAUCCAAACCUCAUAGAAUUUUAACCGGGAGAAACUUUAGACAGCAGUUUGUCUCUUUCUUUUAUAAUAAGGAAAUGGAGAAAGAGAAAGGGAAAAUAUCUUGCCCCAUGGUCAUACUGCUAGUGAUUAUCAAAAAGAAGAUGGUCCCUUUCCACUGAGGACUUCUCUGCUGAUGACACUGUGCUUGGGCUGUGAGCUCCGUUUUAUGUCACAAUUCAGUAUACAAAUACUAUAUGGGCAUAAGUAGUUUCUGACACUAACUUAUUGUGCACUCUGAUUUUUUUCUAUUCUAUUUGUAUUCAAAAAGAGUAUUUUGUGUUUCCCUGCUGGUCAUGGCCUUUAAACUGAUAUCACAAUUCACUGACACCUCAGUGACAGCCUGCAAUAUGAAAGUCAGAGAGCUAUAGAUAACUUUGCUAGUUGGGUUCAGGUGUUUACUUGGUGUGAUUCAACUUAUAGGAUAGGAUGGAGCAGCCAGGAAAAUAAAAGCACCUUCUCCCCACAGCCACACCCCCAGCAAAUGCUGCAUGUGCGACUAAGUCCGAAGCAGACUGGUGUGAAGCGCAUGUAGAGAGUAACGAGUUUCUGCCCAGCGCCGCUGUGCAGUGUUUUCUCUGCACGAGGGCUCUUGGCCAAGGCCCAAGAAAGGUGAACGGGGCUGAAAAUCCUGCCUAUACUCCAUGCUAAGCCACGUGCAAAGGUCUCCCCAGAGACACGGGGGGGCCAUUUUGGACAGACACAGAGAACUUCUGGAAGGCCAGCAUGCAUGGGAUGAUUUUCAAGAUCCCGGGUGUGUGGUGAUUUUGCUCAUUGUGAUUAUGGACUGAGGUACCCAUUUAGUCCUAAUAAGACCAGAGAUAACACAUUGUGAGAGAGAUGAUAAAUGACCUGGAACACUAACUGUGUGUGUUUUCCUCCAAGGGGCUUUUUUCGAUUUCUGCUGCAUAAGAGAAGCUCAGGGGGAAGUGAGAGUCAGGUAAAUUUGAGGGGGAUAUAGUACUGUGGCCAGAGAAAGCAGGGGAGAUGCUGAAUUAAUAUUUCCCUUUCCGAGUUCCAGGAGGGCUUUUUCGGGAGAAGGCGGCCACUUUGGCUUAGGGAUAUGUAUAGGCCUCUCAACGCCACACGCAAGGAAAACAUGGCACAGAAGCUACACGACAGGGAGUCUUCUGAUGAGGAUAAGAUAUUCUAUAAGGAUGCAGGGUAAAUAAUAGAGGACAAUUUAAAAUUCUCCUCUAAAAUGAGGAAAUAAUGAAAACUAUAAUUGUUCCUUUCCAAAGUAAAAGCCUUGGCAUUAUUCUUCGUACCCCAGGGAAGUCAUCAAAGCCCCAGCAGAGAAGCUUCUGGCUGCAUAUUGGGUUGAUGAAGGGGCGGGUGAGGAAAGUGAGACAGCACACGAGACAGCCACAGAGUGAGCCCUGUUCUGCCUCAAGCCACCUGCAAAUUUUAUUUUCUAAUAUUGGCUUCUCAGCAUUGCUUGCAAAAUACUUAUUUUUCUCAUACUAAAAUGUAUAAAUUCAUAGCCAAGUCUAACCAUGUGGUAAGGAAUUAAAAUGUAAAUAGUUGAAUAUUUAUACACCACUAACAAGGGCCUGCAAGAAGAAGCAGAGCUGAAACUAGAAUCCCUCAUGGUAGCCAGUACUUCCACAAGAGGAAAUGUGGGCUAAGGAGGAUGAGUAGAAGGAUGAAGAGGGGCUUCCCUCCCUUGUUUCCCCAGUAUCAUCAGUCCCUGGGAACUGGAAAACAUACCAUCCUCAAGGGGCAUAGAUCAUUAAAUCAAAUAGCAAUUUAUUCUGGUGCUCUCUCUCCUGGUUCAUCAAGUACCAGUUAUUUACAACAUACUCGACCUCCUGCCCAUAGAGGAUCAUCUACUUCUGGCCCCUCUCGUACGGUCAUUGUGGUUGCCAGAAUAUUUGGAUCACUGGGUCUCCCUCCACUGUGGAGCCAAGGCCUGACUUUUCUCCCAAGUUCUCAAACUCAUGUACAAAUGUGUACCCUGUCUUGGUAGGGGGUUCUCCACCAUUUCAAGCUGGUGGAAAAUUCCCAUUGGGUUGUUUUUUUCUUUAAAAAGAAAUCCCAACCCUUGGAUAACUAGCAGGGAGGUACCAGAAAGACAGGGUAAAGAAGAAUGUGUGAGAGCAGUCAUAGCCCAAGACGGCCCUCCUCAGGCCCUGGCCUCUCCUGACCCCACUGAGGGUCAGCUGUGUGCUGCUCGGCUCCCUCCAGCUCAGCCCAGCACCAAACCUACCCACCUCCUGCCUCACCCAGCACAGGCCCAGGGCUGCAUGAUUCCAAGUGCUCAUAUAGUGACAGUGCCACCUGCGGAAGGUGCAAAGGCUCUUCCACUCCUGCCAAGAAAGUCAUUAAUCACAUUUCUUAAGUCAGUGAGAGUUAAAUACAUUAAUGAGUAAAAGAAAUUCUGAAUGAACAAGAUUUGAUAAUCUACCAAAAUGACCACAGAUAGUGCUGGUGGUUUAGUAAUAUGAGGUGAAGAACUGUGCAAGCCAUGGGGUGAUAGCACACGGUCCCCCAGAGGAUCAGUGGGCCUGGGAGAUGGCCCAGCAGGUUCUGCCAGUUGGGUGGGGUUCCAAGCAAAGUGAACGGCCCAUCAGUUCUUCUGAGUUAUGAAUUUGCUGAUGCUGCAUGAGAGACAUCUGUUCUCUCAGUGCCUGCCCAAGUCACCUCCCAAAGGUUCUUACUGAGAAUGAAAAACAAGUGUUUUUCUCUGGGCGGUGACUUCAGUGAGCCAACAAGUAUUUACUGUGUUUAAGGCGCACGACUAUUACUACUAACAAUAGGAAGCAGCAGCAGCUAACAUUUAUCACUUGCUUGCUUGGUGCCAAACCCUGGGUUAGGCAUCUUAUGGUCUUAUUUAGCCCAACAGUCCGUGGAAGCAUAUCUUGUUAGCCUCGUUUGACAGAUAGGAAACAGGAUUUAAAGAAUGUAGGUAACCUGCUCAAGGACCCAAGGCCGCACGUCCAAAAGUGUGAGUUAAGGUUGGAGCCCAGAACUGUUAGACUCCAACAGGGAUGCAGAGAAGUAUAAGCUGUGUUUGCCACCAAAGAGUUGAUAACAAUGAUAAUAAUGAGGAGAAGGAGGCAGCUGUUUAUUGAGCACCUGCUAUGGACCAGGUACAGUACUAGGUACUUUGGUUACACUAUUAGGUCACAAGAAUGGAAAGUCCCCAUGCCCGCUCAAACUCUGUAAUGAGUGGGGGUCUGAUUUCAGUAAGAGAGGUGGUCACAAAGACAGGGAGCUGACGAGAAACCAGGGGUAGAGAUCCUUGUACUGCUGGGCUUCCCAAAGUGUGGACCACGAUUCCAGGUAGCUCCAGGUUCCUAGUUUGGGAUAUUUCCAUUAUUUCAAAGUUGGUACAUAAAUGAGGCUUAGAUAAUAUUUUUUGUAUCAUACUACCUCAGAUUUGCACAAUUUUUUAUUAGUCUCAAAUGCUACCCUACCAUAUUUCUAAAUUAAAAUUGCCAAGAGUAAGAUUCUGCUUGGCCCAGCUUGACCGAGAUUGGGCAGUCUUUUUGCCAGAGCCAGAGACUUCACCUGGCCAGCCUGUGAGUGAGCUGUCUCUCCUUGGAUCAGGGAGUCAUCCCUGGCUGUGGCCCAGAAGCAGGAGGGGUGCCCAGGGUCAGGUGGUACAACACAUGGCCGCCUGGGGCUGCCUCUGUCACCAUCUUAUGAUGGACAAACUAGCUCAGAGCCCAACUCCUUACUGAGACCUGAGAGAUAGAAGGGGAGAGGGAGAUACAAGGCCAACAGCUACUAAAUGAAUGCAAAUUCUGAUUCCGAUGAAAUCUGUCAGAGAAUUUCGCCACUUUUUAAAAGAUAAUGAAAUGAGACAAUACAUGAUUAGGGCAAAAAUGAUACAGGGAAGAAAAUUGUAGGAUUCAGAGGAGGGAAGGUUAGGAAACUAGGGAGGGUCCAUGAAAAAGGUAGAACUUGAUCUGGGCCUGGAUUAUAUGCCAGACACUGUGGCUGGUGCUGGGGAAAGAGUUGAUUAGGACAAAGUCCCUUCUCUUGUGGGGCCUUAAGACUGAGAGGAGGCACAGACACCUGAAGACAUAUUAUACAGAGAAGAGAGUGUGUUGACAUGACAAUGGCAGUGUACCAAGAAGUGGUUCAGCUCUUGGUUGGCUGGAAAGGAGUAAAUGUGAGGGAUGGCUUAGAGGAGGGGAAGAAGAAGAAAGCCAAACAGAAGUUUCUUGGGAGGACGAGAUGAAGGAAAGGCAUUCUAGACGGAGGACAGUACAGAGGCAAGAAGCAUGAAACCUUGGGUGGGCUUGAAGCGUGUGCAGUCUGGUGUUGCCAAGCAUGAAGCACAAGGAGGAAAGGGCAGUAGGUGAGGCUGUGCGGGCGAGCAGAGACCCAAUCCCAAAGGGCCUGGUCAAGGCGCAUGGCCUUGACCAAACAGAGCACAAACUACAAUGUUUUAAAUAGAGAAGAGACAUGACCAAGCUUGAGUUUUAUAAAGGGUACUUUGAUGGUGGCCUAAAAGUAGAGAGGCUGAGAGGUCAACUUGGGUGUUUAGACCAAGUAGGAACUGGGAGAAAAUGGGGCACCAGCCCAGAGGUUUUGAUGCAACUGAAGAGCAUGUACGCUGGAUACACAUGAGUGAGAACUGGAAGGACAAGAGCUUAUGUUCAGAGAAUGAAAGAUUGUACAUUUAAGAUUUUUUAUGACAAAUUCCAGAUGAUGAUAAGGUCGAAAUGUAACCUGGGAAUGGAGAUCAGUGAGGUGUUGGGAAUCCAGAAGGUGAUGAGAAAUAAUUCGGAUAGUCCUGGACACUCAUUCCUUUCCCCUUUCAGUAGCUCAGUAAAAAGCUAGCUCAGCAGGUACCAGCGAACUCAAUGGAAAAAAUAGGCUCCCCCUCCUACUGCGACCAUUUCUAUCACCAAGCAGUUGCCACUGUUAGUAGUAUAGACGUUCCCUGCCUCACCAUCCCUGUAACUGUGACGCACUCCAGGCUGGCUCCUUCUCUACGGGAACUCUGGUCAUGGGACACACAAUCCAGCUAAGUCUGGUCUAAUCCCCUUCUCUGAAAGCUUGAGGGAUUGAGUGCACCCUGUUAUUGUUCUGCUUAUAAGUUCCCCCCGCCCUGAACAAUAAAACCCUACUGUAUAUUUGCACAGUAGGGGGUUGAGGAAUUUCGUGCCCAGGAAAAUCUGUGGGUAGUUGGCAUGGUAAGUAUUGUGGUAGAUGUGGAACCUAGAAAAAUGGUACAGAUGAGCCGGUUUGCAGGGCAGAAGUUGAGACACAGAUGUAGAGAACAGACAUAUGGACACCAAGGGGGGGAAACUGCGGUGGGGUGGGGAUGGUGGUGUGCUGAAUUGGGCGAUUGGGAUUGACAUGUAUACACUGAUGUGUAUAAAAUUGAUGACUAAGAACCUGCAGUAUAAACAAACAAACAAACAAAACAACUAAUACUAAACUUUCAUUGGGUUAUUUGUAUGGAAAUAUGUUAAUACAAAUGUUUCAGACAUUACAUGAAAUUUCUAAAAAUCUUAUACGUUCUGGUAUCAUGUUAUGUCAUAAUCCUAGUUAUUAAAAUGUAUAUCUCAGAAAUAACUAAUUUUCUUGUCAACUGCAUUAUUAUGAACUUUCAUCAGAUCUUUAACCGUGGUCAUUUUUAAGUCUUUUGUCAUUUACAGACAGUUCUGGGUGUACUGUGAUGCUUUUGCAAAUAUGUUCCUAUAAAAGGGUUUCAUCUUCAAGAAAUUCAUGGAAAAGACUCUGACAAGUACAGGUUUCUGGUAACUGACUGUACUGCUGAACUGAAUGAAUAAGCAUUUUCAGAACUCUAAUGAAAAACUGAUGAACUCAUAAAAGUGCUAACAAAAGGUCAAGAUGGAAAAAAAAAUUAAUUACAUGGCACUGAGUGAACUGAUGAGGAUGAGUAUAAUUUUUGUGACUUUCUGUUUGAAUUUUAAAAAAUAAAAAAAUAAAAAU